AUGUACCGCAUUUUUCGGCACGAAGACAUUUACAUAAUUUCUUACCACUUUCGGCACAAGUCAAGGGCAGUCACGGAUCCACGCGAUGGACGACGAGUCGCUCUUAAAAAACUUCCCAAUGUCUUUCAGUCGCUGGUCUCAUCGAAACGAGUUUUCCGUGAAUUGAAAAUGCUCUGCUUUUUCAAGCAUGAAAAUGUACUCUCAGCAUUGGACAUUUUACAACCACCUCAUUUGGAUUUCUUCCAAGAAAUAUAUGUGAUAACCGAACUCCUACAGUCAGAUCUCCAUAAGAUAAUCGUCUCGCCACAGCAUCUUUCCGCCGAUCACAUCAAAGUGUUCCUCUACCAAAUAUUGCGCGGUCUCAAGUAUCUGCAUUCAGCGCGCAUUCUUCAUCGCGACAUCAAGCCCGGCAAUCUGCUCGUCAACUCGAAUUGUGUGCUGAAGAUAUGCGAUUUCGGUUUGGCGCGCGUCGAAGAGCCCGAUCAGGCUAAACACAUGACACAAGAGGUUGUCACACAAUACUAUCGCGCACCGGAGAUCUUGAUGGGCGCCCGACAUUAUUCGUCCGCUGUGGAUGUUUGGUCGGUAGGUUGCAUUUUCGGCGAACUGCUCGGUCGUCGCAUUCUUUUUCAGGCACAGAAUCCCGUACAACAGCUGGAGUUGAUAACGGAAUUGUUGGGCACACCCUCCAUGGAGGAUAUGCGUCACGCAUGCGAUGGCGCCCGAUCACAUAUGCUACGUCGCGCACCCAAGCUGCCAUCCUUUUCGGCGUUGUACACGCUCAGUUCGCAUGCGACGCACGAAGCAGUGCAUCUGCUCUGUCAAAUGCUUGUCUUUGAUCCGGAUAAACGGAUCACAGUGACGGACGCUCUGGCGCAUCCCUACCUGGAUGAAGGUCGCUUACGCUAUCAUUCGUGCAUGUGCAAAUGCUGUUUCACUACCUCGGCUGGUAUGCGUCAAUAUACCGCCGAUUUUGAGCCAUCAGCUGGUCAGCCGUUCGAUGAUCUGUGGGAGCGUAAGCUGACUUCGGUGCAGCAGGUCAAAGAGGAAAUGCACAAAUUCAUUGCGGAGCAGCUGCAAACGGGACGAGUGCCACUCUGUAUAAAUCCGCAAAGUGCGGCCUUCAAGAGCUUUGCUAGUUCAACUGUAGCGCAUCCUUCCGAGUUGCCGCCAUCGCCGCAUCAAUGGGAAUGACGGCAAAAUGAGGCCAUAGCCGCCUAAAAGUAGAUACUAAUUCAAAACUACCAUAAUAACUACAACAAACAGCCAACAAUACCACCCAUCUUAACCAAAUUAUUUUCAUUUAAAUUUAUUUAACAAAACAAACAAACUUACAACGCUGAAAUAAAUGAGAACAGCCGUGAUCAUACAGCAGUAGCUAUACGAGUAACAACACAGACGAGAGCAAAGAGGGGCAGUAAUAAGAGCAGCAGCAACAUAAAAUAGAGUGACAGCGACAAAUAUAAUAAGAACUUUAAUAGACUAUAAUUUUUAAGGAUAAAGCAACGAUUUUAAUUUUUAAGUUAAAAGUUAAACAAAUUUAAAGAAUCAUGAGGGGGAAGGCGGAUCUUUUUGAAGGAAUGAUACUACGAAGGAAAGGAUGAGCAGCAAAGCAGGCAAACUGAAGGGUGAAUCUAAAUAUUAUAAAUAUAUAUAUUGUAAUUAAAUGGAAUGUCUUAAGAGAGUAGUGUGACAAGGCACAAGACACAAGUAAUCAUUCCACCACCGAAAUAAACUCAAACAAAAAAAAAACAAAAAGCAAAUACAAGCGAGCAAAAACAAAAACAGUGCUGCACGAGAGGGCAGUGAGGACGUCAUUUAGAGCAACACUAGUCGCCUGAGGUAAAAUAACACAAGAAGUGAAGGGGAAACCAUGAAGAUAAGGAGGAGAGCUUUAGAGAAACUGCUAAAGCAUAGCUGAUGAAAUAGACUUGAGCGAAGCGAAAGGGAGGUAUACUCGUAUACAGCAGACACCAGACAGCAGUGCAGCGCGGAGGCAUUUCAAUACGCGUAUCAGUGCAGCAGUGAUGGCAUUGGCGCUCACAUCCUUUGCAGGGUAUGAGUAAUAUUGGAAAAGCACCGCUAACCAAGUGAGAUAACGCAAAACGCGCAAAGCAUAAUUUCACAACAACAACAAAAAUACAGCUGCAGCAGAGGGGAAUACUCAAAACUGUCGCGAAAGGUGUUUGGGAGCAAUUAAUACAACUCUGUGUUACAGUGUAUGUAUGAAUGUAGUAGUGAAACAGCAAAGCAAAGAAAAUAAGCUUAAGAAAAACGAAAAUACUUUGCAAAUUACAUAAUUCGGGAUUAAAUGUAAACUUUAAACACA